CACGCUCGGGCUGGGUUCGGGUUGGGCUCGGCACACUCCUCAGCGGCCGCCGAGCCAAGCGGACGCCCCUCGGGGCCGCGCCGCAGCCCUCGCGCCCCUGCUUAUCAUGCCCCGGGCCCGGGCCCGGCAGCCGGAGCAGCCAGGACACCAUGCCGGAGGGCGAAGGUGGAGACUGCGGGGAGGUGCCCGCGCUGAUUCCGGACGGCGAGCCGCUGCGAGAGGAGCAGCGGCCCCUGAAGCAAUCCUUGGGAGGGUCUCUGUGUCGAGAGUCUCACUGGAAGUGCCUGCUCCUCACACUGCUCAUCCAUGCCUGUGGGGCUGUAGUGGCCUGGUGUCGCCUGGCCACUGUACCCCGCCUGGUCCUGGGGCCUGAGGCAGCCUUGGCUCGUGGGGCUGGCGGUCCACCACCCACCUAUCCAGCCAGCCCCUGCUCGGAUGGCUACCUGUACAUCCCAUUGGCCUUCGUCUCCCUCCUCUACCUCCUCUACUUAGCAGAGUGCUGGCACUGCCACGUGCGGUCAUGCCAGGCACCCCGCACCGAUGCCAACACCGUGCUUGCCCUGAUCCACCGGCUGCAGCAGGCUCCCCCCUGUGUCUGGUGGAAGGCUACCAGCUACCACUACGUGCGCCGCACACGCCAGAUCACCCGCUACCGCAAUGGGGAUGCCUACACUACCACACAGGUCUAUCAUGAGAGGGCGGACAGUCGCACGGCUAGGGGUGAGUUUGACUACAGUGCACAUGGUGUCCGUGAUGUCUCCAAGGAGCUCGUGGGCCUGGCGGACCACGCAGCCACGCGGCUGCGUUUCACCAAGUGCUUCAGCUUCGGCAGUGCUGAGGCCGAGGCUUCGUACCUCACGCAGAGGGCUCGCUUCUUCAGUGCCAAUGAGGGCCUGGACGACUACCUGGAGGCCCGUGAGGGCAUGCAUCUGAAGGACGUGGACUUCCGUGAGUCCCUCAUGGUCUUCGCAGACCCUCGCAGCCCACCCUGGUAUGCCCGAGCCUGGGUCUUCUGGCUGGUGUCCGCAGCCACGCUGUCCUGGCCACUGCGCGUGGUAGCAGCCUAUGGGACAGCCCACGUGCACUACCAGGUGGAGAAGCUUUUUGGUGCCAGCUCCCCACCCCCGGGGGCUGUGCCCAGCGGGCCGCCACUUUCUCGAGUGGCCACCGUGGACUUCACAGAGCUUGAGUGGCACAUCUGCUCCAAUCGGCAGCUGGUGCCCAGCUACUCAGAGGCUGUAGUCAUGGGUGCCAGCUCUGGGGCCUACCUGCGAGGCUGCCAACGCUGCCGCCGCUCGGUCAGCAGCAACUCCCUGCCUCCUGCUCGUCCCAGUGGGCCCCGCCUGCCCUUCAGCCGUAGCCGCCUCUCGCUGGGUGCUGGGGGCCGGGCCACCCCAGGGGUCUUCCGCAGCUUGAGUGGAGGCCCCCUGGGACGCAGAGGGGAGGACACUGAGCCUCUGGAAAGCCCUCCAUGCUACGAGGAUGCCCUUUGCUUCCCGGUGCUCAUUGUCCAUGGGGACAGUGGCUGCCGUGGAGAUGGGCAGGGUGCACUCUGAGACACCCGCCUCCGACAUCCCGGGAACACCCCGCCCCCUUCACCAUCUAUCUCACUACGGGCUUGGGCACCUGAAUAACCGUUAAAAACAGAAAAGAAAACAGACCAGCCAUGCACAAGGGGUGGGAGUGGGGUGGGAUCCUUAAAGACUAAAAUGUAAUGACUUGUGGUCCUUUGAGGGGGAAGUGAACGGCACCUAAGUUGAAUCUGUGAUCUGUCCCCAGCAUGGCUCCCCCCCAACCAUCACCAUGUUCCCCUGUGAUAGCAGAUGAUGCUGGGCAGGGAAAGAAGCUUCCAGAAAGACUGGGAUGGGGAGGAGACCUGGGCACAGCUGCCUGCCUCUCUGCCAUGGCUGAGCUAACAUGGGGAUACCUCCAGCAACACAGAAGCACAAACUGGUGGCCUGGGGCCAUGCCGAGCUGGGAUGGCUGUCUUGAAGCCACCCCACAGCUUGGUCCCAUGUCCACCAGAGUUCUCAUCCUCCCCUGCUCCACCCCUUUCAUCUGCCCUGUGGCCUCCGCUCUGCGCAAGUGCCCUGAUUAUCCCCAGACCCCAAGGUGCAGUUCCUCCACAGAGCAUAGACUUGCCCUCUUGCCUCCACCUUGGUCUCCCUGUUUCCUGCUGCACCCUUACUACAUCUAGCUUUCCCUGUGAGCCAGGGACCCCCAAACUCCAAGCCCCAUCAAGGCCAGCCACACUGU